CGCGGCGGGAGGGGGGGGGGCGUCCCUCCCCCCUCGUCGUCUUCCCAGCCGCUCGGUUCCCAGAGUGCUCCGCGGCCGUGUGGAGCGAGGCCUUGUUCCCGCGUUGAGCCGCCGCCGCCGCCGCCUCCUCCUCAGUUUCUGCCUCAGCGCCAGGCCCGGCCCCGCCGCGCCAUGUCGGACUACAGCACCGGAGGACCCCCGCCUGGGCCGCCGCCGCCUGCAGGCGGGGGCGGAGGAGCCGGAGGCGCUGGGGGAGGCCCUCCGCCGGGCCCGCCGGGCGCGGGGGACCGGGGUGGCGGCGGCCCCGGUGGCGGCGGCCCGGGCGGGGGGUCGGCCGGCGGUCCCUCGCAGCCGCCCGGCGGGGGCGGCCCGGGAAUCCGCAAGGACGCCUUCGCCGACGCUGUGCAGCGGGCCCGCCAGAUUGCAGCCAAAAUUGGAGGCGACGCUGCUACCACAGUGAAUAACAGUACUCCCGAUUUUGGUUUUGGGGGCCAAAAGAGGCAGUUAGAAGAUGGAGACCAGCCCGAGAGCAAGAAAUUGGCUUCCCAGGGAGACUCCAUGAGUUCUCAACUCGGACCCAUCCAUCCUCCUCCCAGGACUUCAAUGACAGAAGAGUACAGGGUCCCAGAUGGCAUGGUGGGACUGAUUAUUGGCAGAGGAGGUGAGCAGAUCAACAAGAUCCAGCAGGAUUCGGGCUGCAAGGUUCAGAUCUCCCCAGACAGCGGUGGCCUGCCCGAGCGCAGCGUGUCCUUGACAGGAGCCCCAGAGUCCGUCCAGAAGGCAAAGAUGAUGCUGGAUGACAUUGUGUCCCGGGGUCGUGGGGGCCCCCCCGGAGGACAGUUCCAUGACAACGCCAACGGGGGCCAGAAUGGCACGGUGCAGGAGAUCAUGAUCCCGGCGGGGAAGGCUGGCCUGGUCAUUGGCAAAGGCGGGGAGACCAUCAAGCAGCUGCAGGAACGAGCUGGAGUGAAGAUGAUUCUAAUUCAGGACGGUUCCCAGAACACGAACGUGGAUAAGCCUCUCCGCAUCAUUGGCGACCCUUACAAAGUGCAGCAAGCCUGUGAGAUGGUGAUGGACAUUCUCCGGGAGCGUGACCAGAGCGGCUUUGGGGACCGGAACGAGUACGGAUCCCGGAUUGGCGGGGGCAUCGAUGUACCGGUGCCCAGGCACUCGGUGGGAGUGGUCAUCGGCCGGAGUGGGGAGAUGAUCAAGAAGAUCCAGAACGAUGCUGGAGUGCGGAUCCAGUUUAAGCAAGAUGACGGGACAGGUCCCGAGAAGAUAGCCCACAUAAUGGGGCCCCCAGACAGGUGUGAGCACGCAGCGCGGAUUAUCAAUGACCUCCUUCAAAGCCUCAGGAGUGGUCCUCCAGGCCCUCCAGGGGGCCCUGGCAUGCCCCCAGGGGGCCGGGGUCGUGGAAGGGGCCAAGGCAACUGGGGUCCCCCUGGCGGGGAGAUGACCUUCUCCAUCCCCACUCACAAGUGUGGGCUGGUCAUCGGCCGAGGUGGCGAGAACGUGAAAGCCAUAAACCAGCAGACAGGAGCCUUUGUGGAGAUCUCCCGGCAGCUGCCUCCCAAUGGGGACCCCAACUUCAAGCUGUUCAUCAUCCGGGGCUCACCCCAGCAGAUUGACCAUGCCAAGCAGCUCAUCGAGGAGAAGAUCGAGGGUCCCCUCUGCCCAGUCGGACCAGGCCCUGGGGGACCAGGUCCUGCAGGCCCCAUGGGGCCCUUCAACCCCGGACCCUUCAAUCAGGGGCCACCCGGGGCUCCUCCUCAUGCCGGGGGCCCCCCUCCUCACCAGUACCCACCCCAGGGCUGGGGCAAUACGUACCCCCAGUGGCAACCACCUGCUCCUCAUGACCCAAAUAAGGCCGCUGCAGCUGCUGCGGACCCCAACGCCGCCUGGGCCGCCUACUACUCACACUACUACCAGCAGCCCCCAGGCCCUGUGCCUGGCCCCGCGCCAGCCCCCGCAGCCCCCCCAACCCAGGGUGAGCCCCCACAGCCCCCACCCGCCGGCCAGUCGGACUACACCAAGGCCUGGGAAGAGUAUUAUAAAAAGAUUGGCCAGCAGCCCCAGCAGCCGGGAGCACCCCCGCAGCAGGACUACACCAAGGCCUGGGAAGAGUACUACAAGAAGCAGGCUCAAGUGGCCACCGGAGGAGGUCCGGGAGCUCCCCCAGGCUCCCAGCCGGACUACAGUGCCGCCUGGGCUGAGUAUUACAGACAGCAGGCUGCAUACUACGGACAGACCCCAGGUCCUGGCGGCCCCCAACCUCCACCCACACAGCAGGGACAGCAGCAGGCAAGUGGGAAUUGCCACCCUCCUCCUCCUCCUUUUUCCUUCCAACCCCCGGCCACCGUCCAUCCUGCCUUAGUGGGUAGCGCCGGAAAUCCCUUCCCCUGCGGGGUGUGUCCUUGAUGCCUGCAGCGGGGGCCGCGUGGCCAGUCUCCGGGAGUCCCCACGAGCCGGGGGACAUGUGCGCUGGGUCCAGAGGUUAAACGAAGAGGCCUCCCUCCGCCGGCCUGCUUGUUCCUGUGUAACGCUGUCGUGAUGCUGGGGGAGAGCGCAAAACCAGUACAAGGUGGAACUGUGGAACUGGUGGGUAGUCCUGGGGGUGGGGGCAGGCCAGCCACGCACACGCUGGGCACAUCCUGGCUGCUGACUCACUCGAAAUCUGGCCACUUGGGAAGAAAAUGGAUAUGUUUUCCCCUCUCUGCAUUACUUUUUUGGUUUUGUUCAUUUUAUUCUUCUAUUUUUAUCCCCACAAUCUUUCCCCUGGUGUCUGAGUGACUGUGUGUUGCAGUCCACCCUGGCUGUGGCGGGGACCAGCCCCAGGCCCUCCGCUGCGCCCGCCUCUGUGUCCCGGGCUUGUCUGUGAAGUGGGCAUGAUGAUCGCUGCCACCUUCCAACCUACCUCACAGGGGUGUUGUGGGGACACCGUGAUCUCUGGUUGUCAUGUUGUGCUGUUCCUGAAGACACAGGGCACCCCCUCUCCGCGCUUCCCCGCUGUCUCUCCCUGCGGCCCCUGCUUCUCUCCUGCCUCUGUGUCACUCCUCCUCUGCCAUCAAGGCGCCGGGCUGACGUGGCCGAUUCCCUGGAGCACUUGGUGCAGACCCGUCCUUCCCGCCUGGGCCCGCCAAGGCUCGGAGCCCCCGUCACCCACCCCGCAGUGACCGAUUCCUAUCUCUUCCCUCUCUGCAGGCUCAGUGAAUCGAAUGAAUGUGAACUUCUUCAUCUGUGAAAAUCUUUUAUUAUUAUUUUUUUCCAUUUUGUUCUGUUUGGGGGCUUUUUUUUUUUCCUUUUUCUUUUUCUUUUUUUUUUUUCUACGUUUGGUGAGAGAGCGACGGCUGCCGCGGAGUGCCAGGAGCCUCACGAGUGGCUCGGGGGCCGGGCACUGCCAUGCCGGGCUCUCGCUCUCUCGCCCAUUCUGUGUGUCUCAUGCUUGCUUUCUUUCAAAAUUGGGAUCCUUCAUGUUGAGCCAGCCAUAGAAGAUAGAACUAAAUCUCUGCAAAAAAAUUU